CUGUUGUUCAAAGACUUGAAGGUCGAUCGCUUCUAAAGCAAGCGGAACUUUGCUCCAUGUGAAUUGCAUUGGCAAGCGAGUGCGUGUAAACAAACAACGUCAUUAGCGCUGGAUUUCAAACUCAGCAAAGAGACGUGCAGAAUUCAGCCAUUGCGGAUCUUUUAAUAAACUUCUCCACAGCGAGACACUUGAGCUGUAGUCAGACUUGUAUAAUAAACGCAGCUGAUGGCUGAGAGGGGGAAAAGAGGCGCCCAACCCAAUUCUUUUGUGCUGCGAAGCGCCUUGUGAUUUCAUUGAGAUUUUCCCGGGCUGGUAAACGCACACUAUAAUGGACUCUCUCGCUUUGUAUCUCCCCUGUACGCGUGACUCGUUUUCGGCUGGUUAAAACGGCUAAAGCGCUCUCUAGUUGUCUGUUGUUUUGACCCUUGGGAAUUGGCAGAGCAUUUCUCUCUGAGCAUCCGGACAGGUCCCAAUGAAAAUGCACGGGAGAAACAGGUACAACCUGGUGGACGAUGUUGCAGAUUCACGAGUCCCGCUUCAUAACGAAGAAGCGUAUCAACACGGAAUACACUUCCAAGCCAAGUAUGUGGGCAGUCUGGAUGUCCCGAGACCCAACAGUCGCAUGGAGAUUGUCGCUGCUAUGAGAAGAAUCAGGUACGAGUUCAAGGCUAAAAGCAUCAAAAAGAAGAAAGUGAGCCUGGUGGUUUCAGUAGAUGGAGUCAAAGUGAUCCUACGCAAGAAGCCCAAGAGGAAAGAGUGGACGUGGGAUGAGAGUAAGAUGCUGGUUAUGCACGACCCCAUAUACAGGAUCUUCUAUGUAUCCCAUGAUUCCCAAGAUCUGAAGAUUUUUAGCUAUAUUGCACGUGAUGGAUCCAGCAACUCAUUCAGAUGCAAUGUGUUUAAGUCCAAAAAGAAGAGUCAGGCCAUGCGGAUAGUGCGGACAGUCGGCCAGGCGUUUGAGGUGUGCCAUAAGCUGAGUCUGCAGCAUGCUGAGCAGAAUGCAGAUGAGCAGCUAGACGGCCCUGCAGACGGCCAGAGCGAUCAGUCUGGAGAGGAGCCCAGCACUGAAGGUCGACAGAUAACAGGAAUGGAACGUGAUGAUGUAACAGAGUCGCAGUCGACGAAGCUCAGCGAGCAAGCUAUGGAUGACAUUCUUCAGAGCCUGUCAGAGCUCAAGGUGGUGAAAACUGGACAAACCCUCCAGUCUUUACAAGAUCUGGAGGGUGUUUCUCUCUACACAUUAUCUGACAGCAACUCUUGCUGUCCUACACUCACACCAUUAGCUACCAAGCACCAUCUGCAGUUACUUCAACAGCAAUUGCUACAGCAGCAACAGCAAACACAGAUCGCGGUAGCUCAGGUGCAGCUCCUGAAGGAUCAGCUGGCAGCAGAAACGGCCGCCCGCAUGGAGGCGCAGGCCAGAACUCACCAACUGCUCCUGCAGAACCGUGACUUACUGCAACACACAGCCCUGCUGAUGAAACACCUCAGCCAGCUGGAGAUCAGAUUCAACAACACCACACAGAAUGGAGAAUCACCACGGAAGAGUUUGCCCACACGUUCUUUCUCUCUUAAUCUCAAAAACAUCUACAGUCCUCGCUCAGACCAGCCCAUCACCUCCACUCCAACAGGACAGACAGUAAACCCACCUGCAUCCUCUUAUGCCGAGUCAUACCUCAAUCUGCUCAACCUCCGUGGUGUAGCUGCCAUCACAACCAAUGGGAAGCCAGCGAAUGCAAAAAGCGAAGAGAGACUGGAAGCGGCAAGGAAAGAAGUUGCUAAGCUGGAGUCUCGAAAUUCAACAGCAUUUGAUGAGAGGUUUACACAAAUCAUCCCUAAGCUGGACCCUCCUCCCCAGCCCCUCAACCGCAAGCGCUCAAACAGGACUCUCUCACCGGGUGUAGACACAGAGUCUUCAAUAUCUUCAACUGUGGCCACUCAAAUAAAUGGGAAUGCACUAAACGUGAGCAGUAGCUCCUCCUUCCCUGACGUCACACUGUGCUCUGGUGACAGUGCAUUAUGUUCAGUUAGCGAAGAUUCGGGUGUACGCUCAAAUGAUAAAUCCCUGCUAUCCCGCCAGUCCAGAGAUGAUCCUUCUGAUGACCAGAGCUCUGUUUUAAUCUCUACAUCCAGCACCUGCAGCAGCCUCCCUGAGGAUCAUCUAUCUGCAGAGAGUGUGACUCCACCUCAUUCUGCCACGCCCAUCGGCUAUGAGCAAACAAUUCGGUUUUCUUCCCCCUUGAAUGAAACCUGUCUUCAUAUUAGCCUGAGUGAAGAUGAGCUUUUGGAGGACUCCACCUAUAACAUUGCCGCCACCCCAUGCAGGAGUUAGAGAAACUCCAAGCAAACGUUUUGUUAUAGAAACAUAUAGAAUAUUUCAUGACUGAAGUCCCUUCAUGGCCUGAUGUGAUAGUAGCCACAACCUCACACUGUUAUGAUAUAUAUAUAUAUUAAAUCAUGUAAGUGGUUGAUACUUAGGCCAAUGACUCUGGACUGACCUUUUGUAUCCUAUCAAGGUAAUAUCUGCAAUACCCUUAAAGAAUUUGUAUCUAUAAAAUUUGCUGAAAAAAAGAUUUAGUAUAAUACAGACUAGAGUAUUAUUGGCAAAUGGAUAGAGUGUAUUUUUUUAGAUUGAAAAUGAAUAGGUUUUAUUUUUUAGCCUUCAAGCAAGCAAUGAAAGGAGUGAAUUUACCUGCACUAAGAUUAUAGGAUCUGCUUUAGUUUGUGUUAUAGCUGUGUGUUUGUUUUAGGUUGUUCAUGGUUGUGUUGUUACCAGUUCAUGUCCAGUGUUUACACUGAUGUUUACUCUAAUGCAGAUGGCUUUCUAUUGUUGAAUAUGUUUUUGAGCCAUGGCUUUGAUUUGGGGUUGUAACCCGAAGGACCUUUUCCCUAGUAGGUGUGUUCAUGAUUUGCAGUGCAUGUGUUCAAUACUCACUGGGAUGGUUUAAAAGCAGAGGUGAAAUUUCGAGUAUGGGUUACCCCGUUCUCGACAGUCAUGUCAGUUUCACUUUUUGAAUGUUGAAAAACAGUUACAGUAUGUGGUGAAGAAUAACAGAAUGGAAAAUGGCAGUGUAAGCAUGAAAGAGCGUAGGACAAUAAAAAAAGGUUCAGAAACACAGAGAAAUCUAAGAAAACAUGCCCAUUUAGGUGAAAAAACGUAUUGUUUACACUGGCAGACAGUUUGUUUUACUCUACAUAUACAGACAAUGUACAGAGGGCCAGAUUUCCUUUAACGCACUAUACUUAAAAAACUAAUUUAAUUGUAUUUAAGUAUGCUUAAAUUUCCUUUAAAGCUGUGAAAUGUCUGCCAUUGAAUGGAUGCUUCUCAUUGUUCCUGAUGAGACAUAAAAAUAUCUGUGGAUCAGGCAACAGUGACAUAGCAAACAAAUGUUUAGAGACAAAUUGAACAAUUAAAGGUGCAUUGUGUAACUUUUAGAAGGAUCUCUUCACAGAAAUGCAAUAUAAUAUACAUACGUUUAUUAUCAGUGGUGUAUAAAGACCUUACAUAAUGAACUGUAUUGUUUUUAUUACCUUAGAAUGAGCCGUUUUUAUCUAUACACAUUGUUGGGUCCUCUUACAUGGAAGUCACCGCCAUAUUUCUACAGUAGUCCUAAAUGGACAAACUGUUCUACAGAGCGCGUUUCGUCCUAAGUUGUCUCAGAAUAUGACAUGUUUGUCCUGUGGCAGCUACCAUAGCUGCUCAUUGCGUUUCAAAAAUGAGGUUGGUUGCACUGCUAGAUGGCGCUAAAAACAUUACACACAAUUAAAAGAGGCAAAUUGGAUGGAGGAUGAAAAAGGGGUAUUUUUGUCCUAAUGAAAGAAACAGGUGUGAGCACAUGCUGAUAUAGGAUUAUGAUACCUGGAGAAGGGAGGUGGAAGUGAAGCAAAGAGAAGAGAAGAAAAAAAGAUAGAAAAAAGAAAUUGUGUUUGCAAUUCUAUUGUUAAAAUAUAACAGCAAGAACUAUGGCAAUAAAGGACAUGGAUGAAUAAACUGACAAGUUUGUCUCUGUACCCUCAUUAAUCUUAACCACUUUCAUUCAUUUCAUAUUUUCUUACUUAAAAUAAGAAAUAAAUGUGUCAUGUUUUUUAAAAUAUGCAUUUUGUAAUCAGAGUUUUGUUGAGGGUUCAGUAAUUUUCCUUUAAUGGCCAUGAAAGGCACCCAGCCCUAAGGUGACAUUGGAGUUAAAAAAAUCUAAAGUUUAGUGCUCACGUGAAACUUUCAUGUUCCUA